AUGGCAAGAAUUCAUGAUCAUAAUCUCUCUAACAAAAGUGCAGAGAAGAUGUUUAACGGCUCCAGUUUUCACUCUUCGAUUUUCAGCUCCAGUCUUCAAGUCAUUACGCCAAAAUUAACCAGAGACAAUUACCGAGAUAAUUAUCGGUUUUGGAGAUCUCAAGUUCUCUCCACAGUUGGUGCUCACGAUCUUGAAGAACACCUAACAAGUUUAGUUUCAUGUCCUGAACCUCUUAUUGAUUCAGAUGAUGAAUUGAAAGAGUUAAGCUCAAAUAAAAUUAAAGAAACCCUAGGAAAAGAAAGGAUUAAUCCAGAGUAUAUAACCUGGAAAAAGACAGAUAAAUUUCUUGUCACAUGGCUUUUAGCAUCAAUUUCAGAAUGCAUGUUCAGUCAAGUAUCGAAAUGUAAGUUUGCUACUGACAUCUGGUUUACACUGGAAAAUGAAUUUUUGGCUGAUUCUAAGGCUAGAGCCCUGCAUCUGAAAAAUCUGCUUCAAAAUACACAAAAAGGCAAUAUGAAUGUUAGUGAAUAUGUUAAGAAAAUGAAAGGGAUUGCUGAGAGCUUAUCAUCCAGUGGUCAGGUUGUCACAGAUGAAGACCUAUUACAGUAUGUUUUAGAUGGAUUAGGACCAGAGUUUGAUGCAGUGGUGGUUAACUUGACAUCCAGAAUUGAAUCCAAGUUUGAUUCAAUAACGUUACAAGAAGCUCAGUUUCUGCUGCAAAAGUAUGAANUUAUCGGUUCUCUUCCACAUAAUGUAACUCGGAUUAAUUUUGUCCUUAACUAUGUUGAAGACCAGAUUCAAAAUUGUGAGGAAGGUCUGCCCUUGAGUCCAAUUGCUCGUCUGUGUCAACAACCUGACUCAAGGAUCUACAUCAUUGUCAUGAUUGGCAUGAAAACAAAAAUGAACCCAGAAGUUAUUGAAGCAAGCUUAGUGCAUAUUCUCCAGCAGCCUCGUUUCUGUAGCUUGCAGGUUGAAGAUGACACAGUCAAAGGGGGGCUAAAAUGGGUUAAUCAGAAAGAGGUGAAUUUAGACAAUCAUGUUAUAGUUCCAAAUCUGGAUAUAAAUAAUAUUGAAUCACCUGAUAUGUUUGUGGAAGAUUACGUCUCCAACCUGAGCAAAACUGGAAUUAAAAUGUCGAUGCCAAUGUGGGAUGUCCAUCUCCUCAACCUGAAAACCACUGACGCUGAAUCCGUCGCUGUUUUUCGAGUUCACCACUCCCUCGGUGAUGGAAUUUCGCUUAUGUCUCUUUUCCUUGCUUGUACUCGUAAGAUUUCUAACCCAAACAAACCUCCCACAAUUACAAUAGUUAAGAAAGUAAAUCCCAGCAAAUCCUCUGGAGGGUUUUGGGGAAAAUUCAUCAAAUUAUGGUUGGUUAUCUUGCUCUUUUGGAACACUCUUGUCGAUGUUUCCAUGUUUAUUGCUACCUCAUUAUCUCUCUUAAAUGAUACUAAAACGUCCCUCAAGGGUCCCUUGAGCCAAACUCGGCGAUUUGUUCGUAGAUCAGUGAGUUUGGAUGAUGUCAAGCUCGUAAAGAACACAAUGAAUACUACAAUCAAUGAUGUUAUGCUAGUCACUCAAGCAGGCUUAUCUCGUUAUCUCAAUCGAAAAUAUGGAGCUCGAUGUUAUGAUGAAGAAGGAUCUAAAGCAAGGUGGGGCAACAUGAUGGGUUUUGUUUACCCUUUCACCAUUGCAUUACGAGAUGAUCCAUUAGAUUACCUUCGAGAAGCUAAGGCAACCAUGGAUAGGAAGAAAGCUUCUCUAGAGGCUUCUUUCUCAUAUUUCUUGGCUAAAUGUUUUAUCAAGUUUGGUGGUGUGAAGGGAUUACUGAUUCAUGUCCUUAGUUAUGCCAACAAAAUUACCUUCAUCUUGUCAGUUGAUGAAGGUAUAAUUCCUGAUCCUAAUCAGUUGUGUGAUGAUCUUGAAGAAUCUUUCAACUCAUCAAAAGUGCAGCCAUUGCUAAAGGAAUGUCUACGAAUUAGAUGUUCAAUGUUAUAUUAA